AUGUCAAAGGCGGCAGGGAGACUGAAAACCAUGAAGAAAACAUUCGACAAAAUCAACCAUACCAGCAAGCUGCGUACAAACAUCCCUGCCGGUAUGGCAGUUGCGGGACCUCCUCUCGGUCCAAUGCUGGGUCAGCGAGGUAUCAACAUAGCGGCGUUUUGCAAAGAUUUCAACGAACGCACGAAAGACAUCAAAGAAGGAAUUCCAUUGCCAUGCCGUGUUGCAGUUACAUCUGACCGCGCAUAUGAGUUGACGAUACACUCGCCUCCGUCUACUUUUCUCUUAAAACAAGCCGCCGGCAUCCAGCGGGGUGCAAUGAAUCCCGGAAAAGAAAUUGCUGGCAAAAUCACACGAAAGCAUUUGUACGAAAUAGCUAAAAUUAAGCUGCAAGAUCCUCCCAAUGCCCUACUAACACUAGAGCAUAUGUGCAAAGCAUUGGUGGGGGCAGCUCGUACCUGUGGAAUAGAAAUCGUGUCUGAACUGGACCCCGAGGAGUAUAAGCAAUUCCUCGAGGAACGACGACAAGUAGUCGAGGAUCAACGCAAAGAGCUCCAAGAAAAGCGAGAGGCACGAAUGCUACGCGUCGGAUAGAUUAGAAAUUUAUUGUAUGCGAUAGUAUAA